AUGUUGGAUAUAUUUAGGGGCCUUAAAAGUUUAGUGAAAAUAAGCCACAUUCAAAUCGACUCGCCAGUAUUUCGCUUACAUUAUUCAAUAACUGUAAUGAUGUUGAUUGCUUUCUCAUUGAUUGUCACAACGAGACAAUAUGUCGGAAAUCCAAUUGAUUGCGUUCACACAAAAGAUAUUCCCGAGGAUGUACUCAACACGUACUGUUGGAUUCACAGUACUUACGCUUUAAAAAGUAUGUUCCUUAAAAAGCUAGGAAAAGAGGUGCCGUAUCCUGGCGUUGGAAAUAGUGAAGGCAAAACGGAUGACCGAAAAAUUUAUCGCUAUUAUCAAUGGGUCUGCUUUUGUCUCUUUUUUCAGAGUAUUCUUUUUUAUGCGCCACGUUGGUUGUGGAAGUCAUGGGAAGGCGGUAAGAUUCAUGCGCUAAUGAUGGACCUUGACAUUGGAAUCUGUUCUGAGAUCGAGAAAAAACAGAAAAAAAAGUUAUUAUUAGAUUACUUAUGGGAUAAUUUAAGAUAUCAUAAUUGGUGGGCUUACAGAUAUUUCGGAUGUGAGCUCCUAUCGCUAAUAAAUGUAAUAGGUCAAAUGUUUUUAAUGAAUAAAUUCUUCGAUGGCGAAUUCAUGACGUUUGGCCUCGAUGUGAUAAAACAUAUGGAAGCGGAUCAGGAAGACCGGAUGGAUCCCAUGAUAUACAUAUUUCCACGUAUGACUAAGUGUACAUUCUAUAAAUACGGUGUCAGCGGAGAGGAUGCAAUAUGCAUUCUUCCGUUGAAUGUGGUGAAUGAGAAGAUUUACAUUUUUCUAUGGUUUUGGUUCAUACUGCUGACGAUAUUGACAUCAUUAACUGUAAUGUAUAGAAUAGUUAUAAUAUUUUCGCCUCGUAUGCGGGUUUAUUUACUAAGAUUAAGGUUUAGAUUAGUACGUCGAGACGCUAUAGAAAUUAUCGUUCGACGAUCGAAAAUGGGCGAUUGGUUUCUACUCUAUAUGCUAGGUGAAAAUAUAGAUAGUAUUAUAUUUCGUGAUGUUAUGGGAGAUUUAGCUAAUCGUUUGAACAAUAAUCAACAUCAUCGUGUACCUGGACUAAAAGGGGAUAUACAAGAUGCUUGAUAUUGGGGAUAAGUGCGAUAAAUGUCUACACACUGUUUCUAUGUUUCUCUCUGUCUAUUUCUAACUUUACUUAUACUUUAAACCCGAGUAAAAAUCAAUCUAAAAUCACUAACAAAUGAAAUAAUUAAAUCGAGCAUGACAUGAGAAAGAAAGCAACCUGCAAACAACUCUUCAAGUGAUAACAAAAUAGGAUGGAAAACCAAAAAGAAGAAAAACCUCCCAAAAAUGAUGUGUAAAAACAAUUUAACGUUUAAAUUAAAACCAAAAAUCCAGAAGAGGAGAAGAGAAAUAGAAUCAAGAGAGAAAAAAAUUAACAUAAAUAUAACAAAAACAUAUGAUGAGAUAAAGUAAGGAAAAGUAAACAACAAAAGACUAAUUAUUACUUCAUCAAGUCAGAAGAUCAUAAAGGUCACGCACACUUAGACUCAUCAAGCAGACAUUUAUUCGCAUUAAAUUAUAAUCUCGUAUCCCCGGGAAAUAAGAGAAUAAUUAUGUAAAAUUAAAGCAACAAAACAUGAUUAGAUAAUAGAAAUUACAUUAUAUUUUUUUUUCGUUCAGUCAUCACAUCUACGUUUUCUUAAUUUAAAAAACACAAAAUCAAAUUUUUCAAAAUAUUUAAUUUCUGCCCACAAUAAUUCUUUUUUCUCAAAUGGAAACUUUUGAAAACAUUUUAAUCGUUUUGAUUUCUUUUUUUUAUAGUUUGUUCAUAUAAAUACCGUCCAAUUAAAUAAAAACAUAAUAUGAAAACCAUAUGUAAAUGAGAUAUACAAAAUAAGUAUGACAUAUAAAACAAUUGCAUAAUAUCAAAAAAAGAAAAAAAACAAAAAGUUCGUGUUCACGGGACAGUUUUUAAAGUGAGAUUUUUUCAAAAAUGUUUAUGCAAGAAAAUUAUCAUUGGACAAUUUCAUUUCUUUUUUAUUUUUGUUUUUAGAUUUGAUUUGAUAAUUUUCAAAUUAAUGAGUUUCACUGGAAAGUUAUCAUUUAAAUAAAUUUUAUAAUCAGGGCCAGUUUCAAAGGCGAUGAUUAAAGUGAAGAAUUAACCUGCCAACAAUUUUCCUUAUUCACUAACAAAUUUCUUCUCCACAAAAUCUUUUUAAAUCUCUUAGAAAUCUUACUGCACCAAUGAAAACAUUCUCAGAUAAAGUUCCUAGAGACAUAAGAAAGAAAAUGUCAUUUCUCAUCAGCAGCAAGAUUAAUUAGCGCCAUACAAUGACAUUGAUAGAUAGUGCAAUAAAAUACUUAUCUGCUGCAUGAAUAACAAAAGAAUAAAACACAAAACAAAAGAAAAAAAACUAUGAAACUGCCAAUUAAUUCUUAAAAAUCGUUAUUUUGCAUUUCUUCAAGUGAAAUUAAUCUUUUUUCCUUAUUCUAUUCUUUCUAUUUAUUUUAUUGAUUAAUGAUG